AUGGUCGAUGCAGCCUACCACAUUCCUGGAAGGAAAUCAGUCUACAUCUGGUCCGGUAGGCAGUAUGCUCGGAUCGACUUUGAGCCAGGUGGCACUGAGGAACACCUCGUGUCUGGCCCUCGAAGCAUAGCCUCCGGCUGGACAACCAUGGCUGAGAAAGGUGUCGGAAGAGUCGAUGCCGUUGUGCCUGUGCCAGGCCACAAGGACCAGUUGUAUGUCUUUUUUGGAGGCAAAUACCUCAAAAUCAAGCUGGAUGACAAGCUCCACGACUCCUUCGUGAACAAGGAUGCCUUGCCAAUUUCUCAUGGUUGGAAGGCGCUUGCAAAGGCCGGGUUCGACACUGUGGACGCCGCGAUGUUGGUCCCAGGAACAACCACCCAGAUGUACUUUUUCCGAGGUUUGAACUAUCUUCGAUGGGACAACGACAAGGAUGAGAUCCUCAAUGGCCCUUCGCCAAUCAAAGACGGCUGGCCUGCCCUUGCCGCGUCCGGAUUUGACGUCGUUGAUGCCGUUUUUGCACACCCUGAAUACGACGAUGUGUUUUACUUCUUCCACGGAGACAAAUAUGCGAGAAUCAAGGUUGACCGCUCUUCCCGUCACGACUCCAUUUACUCUGCAGCCAAACCAAUCAGUGCAGGAUGGAAGACAUUGGACGGUUGGGUUUAG